CCUCCCAUUCUUUUACUCUCCACAUGGAGAAUGAAAAGGAAAGUUGCGACAAGACUUUGAGGUUUUUCAGUGUUUAAAAAUGAACCAGCAGAGCCAAAGAUAGAGACACUGUGCUGUUGGUGAAGCUGCAGGCGUGUGAGGUCGACUCAACAUGGCUGAAACACACAGAGUGACGGCGCAGGGCAGGAAGAAAUGGGCCAUUCCACAGAGAAGUGCGACUCAUGAGAAUAAACCGAGUGUUCGUCCUCCUGACAACGAAGCCGAGAGAAAUCUGGCGGUUCCUUUCAGAGGUCACAUCACAGGUGGGAUGCGGCCAGGGAAGAAGGUUGUGGUGGUGGGUGUUGUGGACUCCUGUCCGGACAGGUUCUACAUCGCCCUGACAUGUGGUCGUGGAACAUCCAGGGAGCCUCCGCCUGAUGUGGCUCUGGAGCUGUGUGUUCGAUUCAGGGACCGACAAGUCCUGCGCAGAGCCUGCGUGUCCGGAUCCUGGGGAGACGUCGACAGAGCCGUGCCUUUCUUCCCCUUCAUCAGAGACCAGCCGUUCAAGAUUGAGAUUCACUGUGAGCAAAGUCGGUUUCGCGUGUUUGUGGACGGACAGAAGCUGUUUGACUUUCACCACAGAUUGACGUCACUCGGCGACAUCGACACGUUAUGGAUCAAAGGAAGUAUCACCAUCACUAAACUGGCUUGAAAUAAAGACUUCAGUGUUCAGUACUCUGCACACGAGCCUCUUUUUGGAAGAUGUGGAUCUCAAACUGUUUGAGUCAUCACUUUGUUGAGUACAAACCUCCUCGUCUGAACAUGCUCUGUAUUCACCCUUUAUAGUGCCAAAUGUUAAUCAUGAGGAGAAAGCGGUGUAAAUAUGAAAUAUGUGUUUUAAGAUCUACUGAAGGAAACUGUGUGGGAACUGUCAUUUGUGACUGUGUAGGAACGUUCCCCACCCUCCCCAAAAAGUCACAAUAACAUUUAUAAUUUGUAAAUGUUUAUUGUUUUGUUGUUGUUUGGUUUCUCUUUCUGUCACUAGAGGCACCAUUUUUAAAACAUUCAGCCCACAGGACACAACCACUGCAGCUGUAUAUAUUAUAUGUGUCUCCUACAAAUAAAGGCAUUGAUUGGGAUUAACUGAAGGCGACAGAGGCCAUGGGUAAGAUUGUUUUAUUAAUAUAUGUAUAUUUUUAAUCAUAUUUUGUGAUCAUGAAUAAACAAAGCAAAGGCCCAUGUGAUCUGUAUGUGACGACUACCUCAAACCACACAGUGACGUCCUGCUGCCGUUCAUAUAUAAAAGACUAUGCACAUAAUUAUCUUUAUGAGAAAUACAUGAUUCUGUUUGAACUAUUUUUCUAUUCAGUGUGUGCCUGUGUCUUUAACAUCCAAUGAAAACUGCUAUAAUUUUUUUGUAUUUUUUCUAUAGUUUUUCGAAUAAAGUGAUUAAUGACAUUCAAAA